UCGAGCGCUGAGGAGGACGACGACGAGGAGGCCGCAGGUGAGGCCGCCCCUUCAUUCUCCUCAUCAUAGGCUAGACAUUACCCUAUUAGGCUCCUCUGCACCGUACAGAACGUAUUACCGACCCGGUUCUUAACCUUCAUCGAGUUUAUGUGCUGCAAACCACGCACCACAACUUGACCUUUCCCCGACAGGACACUCCUGGUCUGAGGAAUGGGUGAGUUUAAGGUUCACCGAGUGCGAUUCUUUAACUAUGUCCCCACGGCAAUUCGCUGUAUAAGUUACAACAGCCAGGCAGAUAAGCUGGCCGUUUCUCGGACUAACAGUGCAGUGGAGAUCUACAACUUGUCGGCAAACUACUAUCAGGAAAAGUUUUUCCCAGGGCAUGAAGGCCGAUCUACAGAAGCAUUGUGUUGGGCCGGACAACGCCUCUUCAGUGCCGGACUCAACGGAGACAUUAACGAGUAUGACUUGGAGAAGCUGAACGUCAAGUAUUCUAUGAGUGGCUAUGGGGGUCCUAUUUGGAGUAUGGCUUCCAAUCCCAGCGGGACUCAUCUUGUGAUUGGCUGUGAGGAUGGAUCAUUGAAAUUAUUCCGGGUCUCACCAGAUAGAAUCCAGUUUGAGAGAAACCUGGGUCAUCAGAAAGGUCGUGUCCUGUCUGUCUGCUGGCACCCACUGGGUUCCCACAUUGCAGCCGGCUCCAUAAACUUAAUUCGUAUCCUUGAUAGCAAAUCAGGCAACACCACUCAAAGGAUAUUGGUAGACAGGAGGCUGAAAAACCCUCAGAAACGUGACUGUGUCGUGUGGGGUGUGGUAUUUCUAUCCGAUGGCACGGUUGUGAGCGCCGACUCUUCCGGAAAGAUUCAGUUCUGGAACUCGGCAUCAGGAACCCUCAUGCAGACGAACAACCUCUCCAACUCCGACAUCCUGUCCAUCUCUGCGUCUGAUAGCGAAGAUAGUAUUGUGGUGGGUAAUGCAGAGGGAACCGUGUUCCAUUUUCAGCUGAUCUCUUUGAGAUCUGGGGGCUCUGAGAGCCAGUGGAUAAGAACGAAGGCAUUUCAGCAUCAUACUCAUGACGUGCGCUCUGUGGCACACAGUCCGACGGCAUUGAUCUCUGGAGGCAUGGACACUCACCUAGUGAUCCGCCCACUCAUGGAAAGAGUACAAACUAAAAACUAUGACUGCGCCCUCCGAAAAAUCACCUUCCCAAGUCAUUGUCUCAUCUCAUGUGCCAGAAAGAUGAAGCUUCUCCUCUUCCAGUUUCCUCAAUGGUUGGAGCUUUGGCAACUGGGAGCCACUGAUGCAGUUGGCAAGCAUGGAGACCUUCUUCCAAUUUCCAAGAAUCCAGAGCAUUUGCUACAGCUCAAGAAAAAGGGUCCUGAGAAUAUUUGCUGUAGCUGCAUCUCACCCUGUGGGAGCUGGAUAGCGUAUUCCACUGCCUCAAGGCUGUAUCUCCAUUUGCUAAAGUUUGGUGAAAAUAACAGUGUUCGCCUCAAAAGGGUUUCCAAAGUGCCAAAAUUCCAUCACUCUGCUAACCGGAUCCUAUUCUCUGAAGAUUCCACAAAGCUGUUUGUGGCAUUAAAUGAAGGAUCUAUACAUGUGCUCCAGUUAUCGGAAGGAAGCUUCAAGCACCUGCAUACCUUUCAUCCAAAAUCAGGAACCUCGGGAGCUAUUUCCCUUUUGGCUGCGAGUGCCGAUGGGGAGUGGCUGGCUGCAGCCAGUGCCAGUGCUGAAAUCAAUAUCUACAGCCUGAAACAUUUCAAGGCUCACUGCACUGUACCUGCAUACAACUUCCCUGCAACUGCUAUGGCCAUUCAUCCCGAGACUAACAAUCUUGUUGUCACUCACUCUGACCAACAGGUGUUUGAAUUCAGUAUCCCCAAGAAACAGUACACAGAGUGGAGCCGAAAGGUACAGAAGCAUGGAUUUCAUCGACUCUGGCUAGAAAGAGACACACCCAUCAUGCACAUCACUUUUCACCCCAAGAAGCCUACGCACAUCCUUCUCCAUGACACCUAUAUGUUCUGCAUAAUAGACAAGUCCCUGCCUCUGCCUGAUGAUAAAACCAUGCUGUUUAAUCAAGUUUCCUUAAAGCAGUUGCCCGAAUACAGAAGAAAGCGCUUGGCCCAUGCUUUUAAGAUCUCCAAGAAGUUUCAGCCUCUCCUCUUCUUGGACUUGUUGGAUGAAGGCACCCUCGUAGCCGUGGAGCGGCCUCUGGAAGAUAUCAUUGCCCAACUGCCACCGCCCAUCAAACGGAAGAAAUUCGGAACCUAAGCACGAAGCCGGGUUUUCCCUCCCCCAGACUGUUGGUGUUAUUCCUUUCCUAGAAAUCACGCUGAAAAUAAAACAAAGUUAUCCUUUAGAGCUCUA